UUCGCAUACGAAGACAUUUAGCCAUGUUUAGUGAGUGAGUAGUAGCAUGCGAUAGAGCAGUAGGUUGUGGUUCGGCUCGGCAAAAGGAAGCGCGCACCAGUGCACAGUUCCGUCGGCAGACGUACAACGGGUUUGCUAAAGCCUUCAUUACCCCACUUCACAUGCUUUAGAGGUUUAGAGGCAUUUGUUUGCUCUAACGACAAUAUCGGUUUUAAAGCAUCCGUUUUGCGGCCGAGUAACAACAUCCUGAUCUUGUCCAUAGAAUUCGUUGUGGUUUAGUGCAUUUCUUUUCACACACGUGCUUAACUCUCGUCGUACAUAUUUCGUUGGAGCAUUAACACAACUCGUGUCCAUAGUGUGCGAAAUGGAAUCACCUGAAAGAUAGUAUUUUUAGAUGCGAAAAGUGCGAAAAAGUCAAUAAAAUCAACAUAAUUUGAAGCCGUUACUAUCAAACGCACAAUCAAAUUCGAAAUAGAAUUAGCUGCAAUAUAGCAGCGGAAUGGUAUGAUGGACACCACCGAUAUACCGAGCAGUAGUGUGAUCCCGUUCGCCGACAGGGUGAACGAAAUUCAUCAGGAUCUCGUCAUCUGGAUCGCUAUUGACGGUAUCCUGAUGGUGUGCAUCUUCAGCGGCAAUAUAUUAACGAUCAUUGCCGUCUGGUACUAUCGGCGGCUGCAAUGGUUAAUUUCGAACCUGUUCGUACUAUCGCUGGCCAUCUCGGACAUCUUCGUCGGGUUGACGCUACCGUACCAUCUAGCGUUCUACAUGGGUGUCGAUCUUGGGCGCCACAAGCAUCUCUGCCUGUUGCGCUUUUUCGUACUAAUCAUUGCAUGUAGCGUUUCGAUCUGGAACCUGAUAGCGAUAGCGGUUGAUCGUUACAUUGCAAUCUGUUACCCGCUGCACUACACGCGAUUGAUGACUAAGCGUACGGCGCUAACGAUACUUGGCUUUGGUUGGUGUUUGGCAAUCUCAAUUGCCACCAUACCGCUGAUUUGGAACAAAUGGGACACGGCACAGGAGUGUGAGUUUGACGAGCUGCUGCAUCCAUGGUAUGUCGCCGGUGUUAUAACGCCCAUCUUUUCCGUCGUAUGGUUAUGCCUGUUCGUCGUUUACUGGCGCAUCUGGCGUGAAGCGUCCAAGCACGCGAAACAGCUGCGUGCCCAUGGUGGAGCAUCGGAACGUUCGUCUAGCGACUGGAAGUCGGUACAGGUCGUGCUGCUUAUUAUGGGUUGUUUCACCUUCUGCUGGAUACCGUACUUUGUCGUGGUAUUGACGCAGAUAUUUGCCUUCGUCGAGGAUAGCUCACCGACGCUUUACAAGGCGGCCUUUUCACUAGCGAUGGCCAACUCCAUGAUGAAUCCAAUUAUCUACGCAUGGAAGAAUACACACUUUCGGCACGCGUUCAAGCAGCUGCUCACCUGCCACAAACCGGUCGUACCGGUAGAUGUCGCUAACGGUGGUGGAUCAUUUGAGCUGGGCACGGCCAAAUCGUGCCCGGAAAUUACAACCGAAUCGUUGGAUCCCGGUGGACAGCUGGGAGCGGCAGCAUCAACCAUCACAAACCACAGCAGUCUGGCGAGUGUGUCGACCGUUACACCAAUACCAUCGUCCGAGCCGGGACGCUUCGAAUCCUUAGUUGUCCUUUCACAGCUCGCCGGUGGUGAACUGGUCCGUUCGACGGCAAAUGCGACCAUUAGAGUUUCCCUUAGCAAUGAGGAGUUACCUUCCAUGAUUAGCAACAAGGAAGGAUCGAUACCAGCAAACCCGCCAGAGGUUACACCCGAUACGCUAACAACUUCCCCGUACCCACCAACGUUAAAGUCGGGCAAUGCAUCAUCUAACGGAUCGACCCACAUAAUCGCAGGGAAUAUUAUCAUCAACAAUUUUAACCUUUACGAUCAGGCACGGAUGGAACGAUUGCUACGCUGCGAAUGGACGGCCGCUGCUGCAAAUGCGACUGCGGAAGCUGCUACCGAAACGACCACACCAUCAAUGGGUCAGCCAACCUGUCAGCUACCCGAAACUGAUACAUCCCUGACUGAGCAAGAAGUAGCUAAAAAUGUAACAAAGCUUUAACGGUAAAAUUAUAGCACAAAACACUAGGGGAAAGAUUUGCAACCAUUUGGUAAAACAGAAACAGAAAAAUCAAAAAA